AUGUCGCGCAUUGUGCAGGAUUCCGAUGAGGAGUCGGACGGCGAUCUCGAGGGUGACCUCCCGCCGCCCAAACACGCAGACGCGUCCGGACAGCCACUCAGCAAUGACACCCACGGCACGGGAUCCACCGAAUCUCUGAAGCGAGCCAUUGAAAAGGCGCACCGGAACCAUCUCCAGUCACAGCCGAGCCAGGAAGAGCCUCAGUCAUCGGUGUCAUUGCCUGAACAUCCAAACAAGAAGAGAAAGACCACAGCUGAUCCAAGUCCGCUCAAACCAUUCAAUGAUGUGUCUGCUAAGAAAGGGCCCGUCACGUAUGGGAAGGCUCCGAAAUCCAUCUUCGGUAGUUCUCCAUCGUUCAACGCUCCACCUGUGGGCCGAGCAGACGCGGCCCUCGAAUCAACUCAAGAAGUACCAUGGCUCCCAGAAGGAACUAUGCGCGACAACUACGCCCUCCACGAACCGGCCAUGUUCCCUGAGCCUUCUAGUACCGUUCCCAACGCUACUAUGACCCAGCAACAUAUCCUCGAUGUUGUCAAUGCACCACUCACGAUAGGACAAGAGAUCGACAGUGAACAACCUCGUUACAUACCUCCACCAGAGCCCUCAAUACCCUGGUCAGAUCUUAUGAAGUUCACACCGGCAGACGCGACGGAACAGACUGAAUCAUCUGAUCGUGACCCCCCUUCAAAUGAUCCUCCGUCAGCCACGCCAGUCCGGACGUCACAGGGAGGCUAUGAGUACAGCGCAUCUCAACGCAGCAGGCGCGGAUCUGGUGGUCCUUUGAAAGGCAGCCCUUUGAGAAAUGAACUUUCCCGUAAUGGAGCCGGUGACGCCGACCGAAAGGCGACACCAGUUGAAGCCAGCUCUGCCGAUAUUUGGGAUAUACCAUCAACUGCACCACAGAAGACUCCGCGCGGUGAACACAAGGUAGUCAAGACGACACCUCGUCGUUCAAAAUCCGCACAAGUGCCUGUCGCCAGCUCCGACGACGAUCUUGCGAAUAUUGGCCUGCCAAAGGAGCAAUACAAGCCACGGCCCAGCCGCUCGAGAUCGCUCAAGGUUGAAGAGAAGCAGCCCAUCGACUAUUCUGUCCGUCCCGAGAAGGCCAAAAAGGUCAGUAAAAGGCGACAAACGACGGCUACAGCCGAUACCAGCAACCCUACAACACCAGAAAAGGUCCGGCAGAUUUGCGACAUGGGAUUUACACCUUCAACGACUUCUGGCGCCCUCAAGAAAAACAACGGUGACGUCAUACAGACCAUCGACUGGCUAGUCACUAACAAUGUUGGCCACGACGAGCUUGCACCACCAAGUCCACCCAAGACCAAGCCGGUCAUGAACAAGAGCGACGAAACUCCGGCGAUGGACUCUGAGGCUAUUCAAGAUAUUAUGCGCAGUCUAGACCAGUAUCAGAGGGAUGAUACGCAAGCCGUUGCACAGGAUGUGGUUCAUGUUGCGGUGGCGAAUGAUGCCAUACUACCAGAGCCUAUCGACCUCACAGAAACUCCAACUUCCGAUUUGCGCUCGCCUACGAAAGUUCAGGUAGUGAUACCUAAGAAGUCACCACUUGCCGUUUCGAAGCAGCCCCCAAGCUCUACCACUGCCUCGAAUAAGAAGGCAAAGCGCAAAAAGCCCACAUCAAAUCCAGCCGAGAGCGAACCUGCUGAGACGGACUCUACCGUGCCUGAGAUCGCGCCUGCGAAGAAGAAGGCACGCGGUCGGCCCAAGAAGGUCGCGCCUGUUGCUUCGCCUAAAGAACCUGACCCAGAACCAUUAGAACAAGCUGUGGAAGUAGAGCAUCAACAAGAAGUUGUACAAACGACCGAGCCCGGGUCCAAUCCAGAGGAGAUAGAGCAAGACUCUAAACUCACACGCAAUGAUACCGAUGACGGGAAAUCGCCAGACGCUACGGAUACCACGACUGCCAGCCAUUCGAAACCACCAGCGAAACCCUCUCCAGCUGCGGCGUCAGAGACUCCAGAACGAAAAAUAAAACCUACAACUGCAUCGCCAGCGAACACUGGCAAGGUGCCAUACCGUGUCGGGCUGAGCAAACGAGCGAGGAUCGCUCCUCUCUUGCGCAUUGUGAAGAAAUGA